GGUUCAGUCAGUUCGUGGGGGAGCGGGCAGCAACCUGUUCUACUCGUCGUCCUUCAGGACGCGCUCGUGGGAAGCCACCGUGACUGCGGCGGCGGCGGCCGCCGCUUCCUCUUCCUCCUGGAGGACCUUCUGCACGUCCUUGACCCGCAUCAGGACGACGCCGCCGACCACAACUGCGUCGGUGCCCAGGGUCCAGAUCCACAGGAUCUUGAGGCCGGGGCUCUUCUGGCUCCACCUAGUCACCAUUGGAGGAGGCGGCGGCAGCUUGCAGUCCGAAAUCUCUAG